CGCGAGCGGGCGGCCCAGGUGGUGCUGAACAUCAGCGCGCGCGACCAGGGCGUCCACCCCAAGGUCUCCUACGCCCAGCUGGUGGUGACGCUGCUGGACGUGAACGACGAGAAGCCGGCCUUCAGCCGGCCGGAGGGCUACCACGUGUCGGUGGUGGAGAACGCCCCGGCGGGGACGGAGCUGCUGGUGCUGGCGGCCACCGACGGGGACCUGGGUGACAACGGGACCGUGCGCUUCUCCCUGCAGGAGGCGGAGCCCGGCCCCGCGGCCUUCCACCUGGACCCCGUGUCCGGGAGGCUGAGCGCCCUCUCCUCCUUGGACCGAGAGGAGCACGCCUUCCACUCCCUGCUGGUGGUGGCCACCGACCUGGGCACCCCUCCCCAGGCGUCAGUGGCCCGUGUCAACGUGAGUGUCCUGGAUGUCAACGACAACAGCCCUGUGUUCUACCCCGUCCAGUACUUUGCUCACAUUCAGGAGAACCAACCUGCAGGCAGCUACGUCACCACAGUGUCUGCCACCGACCCAGACUCCGGUCCCAACGGCACCAUCAGAUACAGCAUCUCUGCCGGGGACCGGUCUCGGUUUCAGGUCCACCCGCAGAGUGGGGUUAUUUCUACGAGAAUGGCCCUCGACAGAGAAGAAAAGACUGCGUACCAGUUGCAAGUGGUGGCCACUGACGGGGGCCGCUUGCAGUCUCCCGCCCAGGCCAUCGUGACCGUCACGGUGUUGGACACUCAGGACACCCCCCCGGUGUUCGGCCAGGCUGCCUACAGCUUCGUGGUUUUUGAAAACGUGGCCCUGGGCUACCACGUGGGGACUGUGUCUGCGUCCACCAUGGAUCUCCACUCCAACAUGAGUUACCUCAUCACCACGGGGGACCAGAAAGGUAUGUUUGCUGUCAACCAGGCCACCGGGCAGCUGACCACAGCCAGCGCGAUUGACAGAGAAGAGCAGGCCUUUUAUCAGCUGAAAGUGGUGGCCAGUGGGGGCUCGGUGACCGGGGACACUGUGGUGAACAUAACGGUGAAGGACUUGAAUGACAACUCCCCCCAUUUCCUGCAGGCGGUCGAGAGUGUGAAUGUGGUGGAGAAUUGGCAGGCGGGUCACAGCAUUUUCCAAGCCAAAGCUGUGGACCCCGACGAAGGCGUCAACGGCGAGGUGCGCUACAGCCUCAAGCAAAACCCCAAGAGCCUGUUUGCCAUCCAUGGCGAGAACGGCACUGUCAGCCUGCUGGGGCCCCUGGAUGUCCACGCCGGCUCCUACCAGGUCGAGAUCCUGGCGUCUGACCUGGGUGUCCCACAGCUGUCCUCCAGCGUCAUCUUGACGGUGUGUGUCCAUGACGUCAACGACAACCCGCCCGUGUUUGACCAGCUUUCCUAUGAGGUCACCCUGUCUGAGGCGGAGCCUGUGAAUUCUCGCUUCUUUAAAGUGCAAGCUUCUGAUAAGGACUCGGGGGCCAAUGGUGAAAUUGCCUACACCAUUGCUGAAGGCAAUGCCGGGGAUGCUUUCGGGAUUUUUCCAGAUGGUCAGUUGUACAUAAAAAGUGAACUGGACCGUGAACUUCAGGACAGAUACGUCUUGCUUGUUGUGGCUUCGGACCGGGCCGUGGAGCCCCUCAGCGCCACUGUGAAUGUCACUGUCAUUUUGGACGAUGUCAAUGAUAACAGGCCUCUUUUCAACAGCACCAAUUAUGCGUUUCACUUCAAAGAGGAGCAGAGAGCCGGCUCCUUUGUGGGCAAAGUGAGCGCCGUGGACAAAGACUUCGGGCCGAACGGCGAAGUGAGGUAUUCCUUUGAGGUGGUGCAGCCGGACUUUGAGCUGCAUGCUGUCACCGGGGAGAUCACCAGCACUCGCCAGUUUGACAGGGAGUCUCUCAUGAGGCGGAGAGGGACUGCCGUAUUCAGCUUCACCGUCGUGGCUGCAGACCAGGGGCUCCCUCAGCCUCUCAAGGACCAGGCCACCGUGCACGUGUACCUAAAGGACGUCAAUGACAACGCGCCCAAGUUUUUGAAAGACUUUUACCAAGCGACCGUAUCGGAGUCGGCCGCCAACCUGACGCAGGUCUUAAGAGUGUCCGCCUCCGAUGUGGACGAAGGGAACAACGGACUUAUUCAUUACUCCAUCAUAAAAGGCAAUGGGGAGAGGCAGUUCGUGAUAGACAGGACCUCUGGCCAGGUGGCCCUGGUGGGCACGCUGGACUAUGAAGCCACACCGGCCUAUUUUCUCGUAAUCCAGGCGGUGGAUUCAGGGGCUGUCCCCCUCAAUUCAACCUGCACCUUAAGCAUCGAGGUUUUAGAUGAAAAUGACAACACCCCCUCUUUCCCUAAGUCGACACUGUUUGUGGAUGUUUUGGAGAACAUGAGGAUUGGCGAGCUUGUGUCCUCUGUCACGGCGACUGACUCCGAUUCGGGUGACAACGCCGACUUACACUACGGGAUCACUGGGACCAACAACCAUGGGACGUUCAGCAUCAGCCCAAACACCGGAAGCAUCUUUCUUGCCAAAAAACUGGACUUUGAAACCCAGUCUUUGUAUAAACUGAACAUAACAGCCAAAGACCAAGGGAGGCCCCCCCGUUCGUCCACCAUGUCUGUGGUCAUCCACGUGAGGGACUUCAACGACAACCCGCCCAGCUUUCCUCCCGGAGAUCUCUUCAAGUCUAUCGCUGAGAACGUUCCCAUUGGCACGUCUGUCCUCUCAGUGACUGCACGUGACCCGGACGCAGACAUCAACGGGCAGCUGUCCUAUGCCAUCGUCCAACAGAUGCCGAGAGGCCACCACUUUGCCAUUGAUGACGUCAGAGGGACGAUAUAUACCAAUGCUGAAAUAGAUCGGGAGUUCGCUAAUCUCUUCGAGCUAACCGUAAAAGCCAACGAUCAGGCGGUGCCCAUCGAAACUAGACGCCACGCCCUGAAGAAUGUGACCAUCUUGGUGACGGACCUCAACGACAACGUCCCGAUGUUUAUUUCCCAGAACGCUCUGGCCGCAGACCCGUCAGCUGUGAUCGGCUCUGUCCUGACGACAAUCAUGGCCGCCGACCCAGAUGAAGGGGCCAAUGGAGAGGUGGAGUAUGCGAUCGUCAAUGGGGACACGGCCACCUUUGUCGUGGACCGCUACAGUGGAGACCUGAGGGUGGCUUCAGCACUGGUGCCUUCUCAGCUGAUUUACAACCUCAUCGUUUCAGCCACAGACCUGGGGCCGGAAAGGAGGAAGUCCACCACCGAAUUGACCGUCAUUCUUCAGGGCCUGGAUGGACCUGUGUUUACCCAACCCAAAUACAUAACUAUUUUGAAGGAAGGGGAGCCCAUUGGCACCAACGUGAUAUCAAUCGAGGCAGCUAGCCCCAGAGGAUCUGAGGCGCUGGUCGAGUAUUACAUUGUGUCAGUGCGUUGUGAAGAAAAGACUGUUGGCCGCCUCUUCACCAUCGGGAGACACAGCGGUGUCAUUCAGACAGCGGCCAUUCUGGACCGAGAGCAAGGAGCGUGUCUCUACCUGGUGGAUGUUUAUGCCUUAGAAAAAUCAGCUGCUUUCCCCAGAACACAGAGAGCAGAGGUAGAAAUCACACUUCAGGAUAUCAACGACAACCCACCCGUGUUUCCGACGGACAUGCUGGACCUCACCGUGGAGGAGAACAUCGGGGAUGGCUCUAAGAUCAUGCAGCUGACGGCCAUGGAUGCUGACGAGGGUGCAAAUGCUCUCGUCACGUACGCUAUCAUUAGUGGAGCUGAUGAUAGUUUUCGCGUUGACCCUGAAUCCGGAGAUCUGAUAGCAACCAAACGGUUGGACAGAGAGCGCCGGUCCAAAUACUCCCUGCUGGUUCGUGCUGAUGAUGGCCUGCAGUCCUCGGACAUGAGAAUUAACAUCACCGUCAGUGACGUGAAUGACCACACGCCCAAGUUCUCCAGACCGGUCUACUCUUUUGACAUCCCAGAAGACACAAUCCCUGGUUCUUUGGUAGCAGCCAUUUUAGCUACAGAUGAUGACUCGGGCGUGAAUGGAGAAAUUACCUAUAUUGUGAGUGAAGAUGAUGAAGACGGAAUCUUUUUCCUGAAUCCAGUCACGGGAGUCUUCAAUUUGACUCGAGUACUAGAUUAUGAGUCACAGCAAUAUUAUAUCCUCACUGUUCGAGCUGAAGACGGCGGGGGACAGUUUACUGCCAUCAGAGUUUACUUCAAUAUUCUAGAUGUAAAUGACAAUCCCCCUGUUUUCAGCUUGAAUUCCUACAGCACAUCUCUAGUGGAGAAUCUACCUCUAGGAUCUACUGUCCUUGUGUUUAAUGUUACUGAUGCCGAUGAUGGCAUCAACUCCCAAUUGGUUUACAGCAUUGCCUCAGGUGAUAGCCUCGGACAGUUCACAGUUGACAGGCAUGGUGUCCUGAAAGUCCUGAAGGCUCUGGACCGAGAAAGUCAGUCUUUCUACAACCUGGUGGUUCAGGUGCACGACCUGCCACAGCCUCCAGCCUCCAGGUUCACGAGCACAGCUCAAGUCUCCAUCAUUCUGUUGGAUGUCAAUGACAACCCACCGGCGUUCCUUUCUCCUAAGUUGACAUACAUCCCGGAAAACACACCGAUUGAUACUGUGGUUUUCAAAGCUCAAGCCACGGACCCAGACAGUGGCCCAAACAGCUAUAUUGAGUACACCCUGCUGAACCCUUUGGGCAGCAAGUUCAGUAUUGGGACCAUUGAUGGCGAAGUGAGGCUCACCGGAGAACUGGACCGAGAAGAGGUUUCCAAUUACACGCUGACGGUGGUGGCUACCGACAAGGGCCAGCCGCCGCUGUCCUCAUCCACAGAGGUCGUAGUUAUGGUGCUGGACGUCAAUGAUCACGCCCCCAUUUUUGCACAGGCUUUAUAUAAAGUGGAGAUUCAUGAAAACACACUGACUGGCACAGACAUAGUACAGGUCUCCGCAGCAGAUGGCGACGAGGGUACCAACGGCCAGGUCCGCUACAGCAUCAUGAAUGGUAACGCCCAUCAGGAAUUCCGGAUCGACUCUGUCACGGGCACCAUCACUGUAGCGAAGCCUUUGGAUAGAGAGAAGACCCCUGCUUACCUUUUAACUGUUCAGGCGACAGAUCGGGGCAGCACCCCCAGAGCUGAGACUUCCACCGUCAGCAUCAUUCUGCUGGAUAUCAAUGAUUUUGUUCCCAUCUUUGAACUCUCUCCAUAUUCUGUAAAUGUCCCUGAGAAUUUAGGGACAUUGCCCAGAACUAUUCUUCAGGUGGUGGCAAGAGAUGAUGACCAAGGAUCAAACAGCAAACUGUCCUACGUUCUGCUGGGUGGCAACGAAGACGAUACCUUCACUCUCUCUGCCAGUGGGGAACUCAGAGUAACCCGGAGCCUGGACCGGGAAGCCAAGGAGAGCUUUGUCUUAACGAUCACAGCUAUAGAUUCAGGAUCCCCAGCCUUGACUGGAACUGGCACAAUCAGUGUCAUAGUAGAUGACGUCAAUGACAAUGUACCCACUUUUGCCAGGAAAAUGUACUCCACAGCAAUUCCUGAAGACGCCCCAACUGGAACAGAUGUCUUAUUGGUAAAUGCCUCAGAUGCUGAUGCUUCAACAAAUGCGGUUAUAAGUUAUCGGAUCAUCGGUGGAAACUCGCAGUUCACUAUCAACCCAUCCACGGGACAGAUCAUCACCAGUGCGCUGCUGGACAGGGAAACCAAAGACAAUUACACGUUAGUGGUGGUCUCCAGCGAUGCAGGAUCCCCGGAACCGCUUUCCAGUUCUGCCAGCGUGCUUGUCACCGUGACUGAUGUCAAUGACAAUCCACCAAGAUUUCAGCAUCACCCUUACGUCACACACAUCCCAUCCCCUACUCUUCCAGGUUCCUUUGUCUUUGCGGUUACAGUCACAGAUGCUGAUAUUGGACCCAAUUCGGAACUGCAUUAUUCUCUCUCGGGUCGAAACUCUGAAAAAUUUCACAUUGACCCACUGAGGGGAGCCAUCAUGGCGGCCGGACCACUCAAUGGAGCUUCAGAAGUGACAUUUACGGUACACGUCAAAGAUGGUGGCGCGUCCCCCAAGACAGAUUCUACAACAGUGACCGUCCGAUUUGUGCACAAGGCGGAUUUCCCUAAAGUCAGAGCCAAAGAGCAAACGUUCAUGUUUCCUGAAAACCAGCCGGUAGGAUCUCUCGUCACCACCGUCUCGGGGUCCUCCCUGAGAGGGGAGCCUCUGUCUUACUAUAUCGCAAGUGGGAAUCUCGGCAACACCUUCCAGAUUGAUCCGUCGACCGGGCAGGUCUCCAUCAGUCAAGCUCUGGAUUUCGAAAAGAUACAGAACUAUGUCAUAUGGAUAGAGGCCAGAGACGGCGGUUUCCCCCCUUUCUCCUCUUACGAGAAACUCGACGUAACAGUGUUAGAUGUCAAUGACAAUUCCCCAGUUUUUAAGGCGGAUCCAUUUGUGUCUGAAAUACUGGAAAACCUUUCUCCGCGAAAAAUACUCACCGUUUCGGCAACGGACGAGGACAGUGGGCCCAAUGGACAGUUAGGUUACGAAAUUGCUCAUGGCAAUGAAGAACACAGUUUCAGUAUCAAUCACGCCACCGGUGAAAUUAGGAGCAUCCGCCCCUUAGAUAGGGAGAAAGUAUCGCAUUAUGUGCUCACCGUGAAAUCUUCCGACAAAGGGUCCCCACCCCAGAGUACUUCAGUGAAAGUCAUCAUUAGCAUCUUGGAUGAAAAUGAUAAUGCCCCUCGAUUUUCUCAGAUAUUUAGUGCCCACGUCCCUGAAAACUCCCCCUUAGGACACACGGUGACACGUGUCACAACUUCUGAUGAGGACAUCGGUAUGAAUGCGAUUAGCAGAUAUUCUAUAACAGACACAAGCCUUCCGUUUACAAUUAAUCCCAGCACAGGGGAUAUUGUCAUCAGCAGACCAUUAGACAGGGAACACACAGACCGCUACAGAAUUCGAGUCUCGGCACAUGACUCUGGGUGGACCGUGAGCACGGAUGUCACAAUAUUUGUGAUCGACGUCAAUGACAAUGCACCCAGAUUUAGCAGACCCUCUUACUACUUGGAUUGCCCUGAACUUAGUGAGAUUGGCUCCAGAGUGACUCAGGUAUCUGCAAGUGACCCUGAUGAGGGACCCAAUGGUCAGGUGUUUUACUUCAUAAAGUCUCAGUCAGAGUAUUUCAGGAUCAAUGCUACCACCGGAGAGAUCUUCAAUAAGCAAGUCUUGAAAUACCAAAACGUCACCGGCUUCAGUAACGUGAAUAUCAACAGGCACAGUUUCAUAGUGACGUCUUCAGAUCGGGGUGACCCUUCCUUACUUAGUGAGACAACAGUCACCAUCAACACCGUGGACAGCAAUGACAAUGCGCCUCGAUUUCUUAAAAGUAAAUAUUUUACUCCUGUCACCAAAAAUGUCAAAGUCGGCACAGAUUUGAUCAAAGUGACCGCAGUCGAUGACAGAGACUUUGGGCUGAAUUCUGAAGUGGAGUAUUUAAUUUCUGCUGAAAACCAUUUAGGGAAAUUCAAGUUGGACAAGGAGACAGGGUGGAUUUCAGUCGCAGCUUCCCUGAUUUCUGACUUGAAUCAAAACUUUUUGAUCACGGUGACCGCACAAGAUAAAGGAAACCCUCCGCUUUCUUCCCAAGCCACGGUUCAAAUCACCGUCACUGAGGAAAACUACCACACGCCUGAGUUCUCUCAAAGCCACAUGAGUGCCACCGUCCCCGAGAGCCACAGCGUCGGGGCCGUCAUCAGAACCGUGUCUGCCAGAGACAGAGACACGGCCAUGAACGGCCUGAUCAGGUACAGCAUUUCUUCGGGGAACGAAGAAGGCGUUUUCGCCGUCAAUUCCUCCACAGGCGUGUUGACCCUGGCCAGAGCGCUGGACUACGAGCUGCGCCAGACGCACGAGAUCACCAUCAGUGCUACGGACGGAGGGUGGGUGGCGAGGACCGGCUACUGCAGCGUGACCGUCCACGUGGUUGACGUGAACGACAAUUCUCCGCGGUUCCCCGCUGACCAGUACUCCCCUACGGUCUUGGAAAACGCGCCGAGCGGGACCACCGUCGUCCACCUCGACGCCACGGACGCCGACUCGGGGUCCAACGCCGUGAUUGCGUACGCGGUGCAGUCCUCCGACAGUGACCUCUUUGUCAUCGACCCGAACACGGGAGUCAUAACCACCCAAGGCUUCCUGGACUUUGAAACCAAGCAGCGCUACCAUCUCACCGUGAAAGCCUUCAACGUGCCCGACGAGGAGCGGUGCAGCUUCGCCACCGUCCACGUACAGCUCGCGGGGACCAACGAGUAUGUGCCCCGCUUCGUCGCCAAACUCUACUACUUCGAGGUCUCAGAGGCAGCCCCUCGAGGUACCGUCGUCGGAGAAGUGUUUGCCAGCGACCGCGACUCGGGCGCCGACGGGGAGGUGCACUACCUGAUCUUCGGGAGCAGCCGCAAGAAGGGUUUCCGGAUCGACGGGAGGACCGGACAGAUUUACGUCUGCGGAGCGCUCGACAGGGAGAGAGAAGAACGGGUGUCCCUGAAGGUCCUGGCCAAGAACGCCGGCAGCAUCCGGGGCGCGGACGUCGACGAGGCCGCGGUGAACGUCACGGUGCUCGACGCCAACGACCCGCCCGUCUUCAGCCUGGACGUCUACAGCGUGCAGGUCAGCGAGGGCGUCCCCCGCGGCACGCACGUGACCUUCGUCAGCGCCUUCGACUCGGACUCCGUCCCCAGCUGGAACCGGUUCUCCUACGUCAUCGGGUCGGGCAACGAGCGCGGCGCCUUCUCCGUCCACCCGCAGACGGGGCAGAUCACGGUGACGGCGGAGCUGGACCGCGAGGCGCUGCCGGUCUACAACCUCUCGGUCUUGGCGGUUGACUCGGGCACCCCCCCGGCCACCGGCAGCGCCUCCCUGCUGGUCACCCUGGAAGACAUCAACGACAACGGGCCGGUGCUGGCCGUGCGCGAGGGAGAGGUCCUGGAAAACCAGCCCCCGGGGACGCAGGUGCUGACGCUGCAGGCCACCGACCCCGACCUCCCGCCCAACCAGGGCCCCUUCACCUACCACCUGCUGAGCGCGGGGCCGGCCCCCAGCUACUUCAGCCUGAGCGCCGCCGGCGUGCUGAGCACCACCCGCGCCAUCGACAGGGAGCAGAUCGCCGACUUCUACCUGGCGGUGGUCACCAGGGACUCCGGCGUCCCGCAGAUGUCGUCCACGGGCACCGUGCACGUCGCCGUGGGGGACCUGAACGACAACCCCUCGCAGCCGCGGGCGGUGGAGAUCUUCGUCCACUACUACGGGGCCCUGUUCCCCGGGGGCGUGCUGGGCUCCGUGAAGCCGCAGGACCCCGACGUGCGGGACAGCUUCCGCUGCUCCCUGGCGUCGGGGGUCCCCAGCCUCUUCAGCAUCCCGGCGGGCACGUGCGAGCUGGCCUCGCAGCCACCUCACAAAAAGCCUGUGAGACAGUGUGUUGGUCAGAGACUGACCAGGAAUGGACACCACUCUAAGCGGCUGAGGCAGGAAGGUGUUUGGCACAAGGGAACAGUGUACACAGUCCUCAGCCUGGCGACGGCUGCCCAUUGGGAGCAUCUUCCCUCGAGUUCCGCAAUGGACAUCGCAGGAGUCGUACCAGCCACUGACGAACAUCUUCCUAACCUGCGGAUAGGGAAGAUGCUGGAUGUGAUACCAGGCCUACACGGUGAUACCAGGCACACACGGACGUUGCGGCGAUGCCUGUUUUACAUCGGGGGAAGCUGUGCCCGCACUCGGGGACUCCACAGCCAGAGCUGCCCGAGUCUACAUACCCUUGCCUCUUGCUGGAAAAUGUGUGAAUCUUCAGUCAAUUACUGCGAAUGCAACCCCUGCUUUCAUGGUGGUUCCUGCCAAAGUGGUGUGGAUACAUAUUAUUGUCAUUGUCCAUUUGGUGUCUUCGGAAAACACUGUGAGUUGAACAGUUAUGGAUUUGAGGAGUUGUCAUACAUGGAAUUUCCAAGCUUGGAUCCCAAUAACAACUAUAUUUAUGUCAAAUUUGCAACUAUCAAAAGUCAUGCUUUAUUGCUUUACAACUAUGACAACCAGACAGGGGACCGGGCUGAAUUUUUGGCCCUUGAAAUUGCUGAAGAAAGACUAAGAUUCUCUUAUAAUUUAGGCAGUGGCACAUAUAAACUCACCACCAUGAAGAAGGUGUCAGAUGGACACUUCCACACUGUGAUUGCCCGGAGAGCAGGAAUGGCAGCUUCCUUGACUGUGGACUCCUGUUCUGAGAAUCAAGAACCAGGGUACUGCACUGUCAGUAACGUGGCAGUUUCAGAUGACUGGACCCUUGAUGUCCAGCCAAACCGAGUCACGGUUGGAGGCAUCAGGCUGCUGGAGCCCAUCCUGCAGCGGAGGGGACACGUGGAAAGCCACGACUUUGUCGGCUGCAUCAUGGAGUUUGCCGUCAACGGGAGGCCCCUGGAGCCCAGCCAAGCCCUGGCGGCACAAGGCAUCCUGGACCAGUGCCCGAGACUGGAAGGCGCUUGUACCCACAGCCCCUGCCAGCAUGGCGGCACUUGCGUGGACCACUGGUCAUGGCAGCAGUGUCACUGCAGAGAGGGCCUGACGGGGAGAUACUGCGAGAAAUCUGUCACUCCUGACACUGCCUUGUCAUUGGAAGGGAGAGGGCGCUUGGACUACCACAUGAGCCAGAAUGAGAAGCGAGAGUAUUUGCUGAGACAGAGUAUCCGAGGUGCCAUGUUGGAGCCUUUUGGUGUGAACAGUCUGGAAGUAAAAUUCAGGACGAGAAGCGAGAAUGGCAUUUUAAUCCAUAUCCAGGAAAGCAGCAAUUAUACGACUGUGAAGAUUAAAAAUGGCAAAGUGCAUUUCACGUCAGAUGCAGGAAUCGCUGGGAAGGUGGAGAGGAACAUUCCAGAAGUGUACGUCGCCGACGGCCACUGGCACACUUUCCUAAUUGGGAGAAAUGGAACAGCCACAGUGCUGUCCAUUGACAGAAUAUACAGCAGAGAUAUCGUCCACCCGACCCAGGACUUCGGAGGCCUUGAUGUGCUGACUAUCUCUCUCGGAGGCAUUCCGCCCAGCCAGGCUCAUCGAGACGCUCAGACAG